UUUCUCUUCUGAAAUUGCAACAGUUAAAAAAGAGAGAAAAAAAAGGAUCUAGUAAAUUAAGAAGCAUUAGAAUUAAUUAAUGGAGUCUCUGAUUUUUCGAACCGGAUCCGGUUCAAUUCCUCUCCAAUCUCCACUACCGCCGGCUUCACCUCGACACUCCGUCUCCUUAUCCGCCGCCGCCGCCGGUGGUGGUGUAUUUUCCGGCGAUAAGAACGGUUCGCCACCACAGAGGAUCUCCCUGAAUAUGGAGGUAUCUCGCCGGAGCAUUCGCCGUUCGUAUUCCGAACCCGACGUCGCUCGGUCGGAGUUCAGGGCUCUGAGUAAGCUGGGCUCGCGAUCUUUCACGGCUCUACCGGAGGUGGAUCAGCACGGCGGAAGUACUGAAUUGGGUUUCCCAGGCGGCGGAAUGAAGAAGAACAGGAAUUCCGGCGGCGGAGGCGGAGGAGGAGGUGGAAUUGGAAGCGGCGGCGGCGACGACGAUCGGCACAAAAUGGGGGAAUAUUACGAAGAAAUGCUGAAGUCAGAUCCGAGAAACUCGCUGCUGUUGGGAAACUACGCCAAAUACUUGUGCGAGGUGGAGAAAGAUGUGGUGAAAGCAGAAGAGUAUUAUGGGAGGGCAAUAUUGGCAAACCCAGGUGAAUGUGAUGGAGAAGUACUUUCACUGUAUGGAAAAUUGAUAUGGGAUAUACAUAGAGAUGAAAACAGAGCUAAUUUUUACUUCAACCAAGCUCUUCUAGCUUCCCCUCACAAUUGUAUGAUAAUGGGUUCGUAUGCGAAUUUCAUGUGGGAAGUUGAGGAGGAGGAAGAAAAAGAAAUUGGGAGAUCAGUUAAUAAUAAUAGUAUAGCAUCAUCAAUUAUGGUGGAAGCUUUCUAAUUUAAUAUUGUAAUCUUAAAUAUAUAUUAUAUAAAUUACAGCUAUCAGUCAGUCAGUCGUAGGUUUUUCUAACAAUGUUACAGAUACAAUCAUACAACAACAAUGUAAGAGGAAAACAGUUCUGAAUUCUAGUCGGCGAGGAUGUAUAUAUAAAGUGUAUAUUUCUUUUUCUU